CCCUGGAGAAGCGAAAGUGGCUGCUUUGCCUUUAGUUCCCGUGGCCUCUGCAGUUUGCCUGGCUGCUCCUCUAGGAUGAGGGGAAUGCUCCGAGGCUCCACUUCCACCUGCCGGGUGAUUCUGAUGGUCACCAUCCUGUGCUGCUGCACUAACAGAGCAGCUUCUUCAGAUAAUAAUCUUUUCACCAUUCGGCAUGAAAACUCUAAUAAAUGCAUCCAAGUUAAAAGCCAGCGCCUAAUAUUAGGAGAUUGUAAGGAGACAGAUGAAAGCUUAUGGACAUGGGUCUCUCAACAUCGCCUUUUUAAUUUGGGAUCCCAAAAGUGCCUUGGACUAGAGACUGCCAAGUCUACAAAUACCUUAAAAAUGUCUGCUUGUGACUCAGAUCUCAAUCUCUGGUGGCGAUGUGUUGGUAAUUCCAUCCUCUCCGCAUCUCAGAACAAACUAACAUUAAAGAAUGGAAUCCUCACUGUAAGCCUAAACUCUUCUGAUGCUUGGAGAAGAAGCAAUUCCAGCGAUACGAUUUGUAAAUUUCCAUAUAGUGAAAUGUAUACCAGGGAUGGGAAUGCCUAUGGAAAACCUUGUGAGUUUCCUUUCUUAGUUAAUAAUACAUGGUAUCAUGAUUGCAUUCACAUUGAGAAGUAUUCAGGAGGUGAAUGGUGUUCCACAACCACUUACUUCAAUCAAGACACAAAAUGGGGCCUCUGCUUAAAAAGAGAGGAUGGCUGUCAAAAUACAUGGGUACAGUUUAACGAUUCUGGAAAUUGUUACCAAUUAAACACACAGGCUGCUCUUUCUUGGAAAGCAGCAUAUCUCUCAUGUAAGAAGCAAGGGAGUGAUUUGGUCAGCAUCACAAGUGCAUCCGAGCUAAAUUAUAUCCAAGCUAAAGAUGGUAUCGCAGAAAUAUUUUGGAUUGGAUUAAAUCAGUUGGAUGUUUCUGGAGGCUGGCAAUGGUCAGAUCAUACUCCAUUGAACUUCGUGAACUGGAAUUCAGAGAUGCAGAAUGUAUCUCCACUAGAGGGAAAUGAUUGUGCAGCUAUGAAUGCUGAAACAGGUGACUGGAAGAGUUAUCCCUGUGAUACUCCAAUGCCUUAUGUCUGCAAGAAACAAGUUAAUGACAGUCAGCCGGAUUUCCCAGAUAUUCAGAACAAUAUUGAGUGUGAAUCUGGCUGGUACGCAUACAGUGGAUUUUGCUAUAUGCUAAAGAACAAAGCUGCUUCGUGGAAUGAUUCAUAUCAGCUAUGCAGUGAACUCAACAGUAGCCUCAUCAGUAUACAUUCCUUGGCAGAUGUUGAAUUAGUUGUUACAAAACUCCACAAUGAUAUGAAAGACAAAAUAUGGAUAGGAUUAAUAAAUAAAGACAUUCCAGCCUUGUUUAAGUGGUCAGAUGAUUCCAAAGUGGUGUUUACAUACUGGGAUCAGAAUGAGCCAAAGGUUUCCUCCAAAAGCCCUCCAAACUGUGUCUCUUAUUCUGGAAAGUUUGGCCGAUGGAACAUCCUACCUUGUAACAAUAAACUUAAGUUUGUGUGCAUGAAAAAAGGAAAAGUUUUAGAGGAACAAAAAUCUGAUAAGGAUUGUUCGCCAAGUAAGGAAUGGAAGAAACAUGGAGAUUAUUGCUAUAGGAUUGACAAGAAUGAAGUCUCCUUUGGAAGCGUGUGCAAUCUUACUAUAGCAAACAGAUUUGAACAAGAAUUUAUAAAUAAUUUAAUCAGAAUGCAUAAUAAAGUUGAAGAAAAGUACUUCUGGACUGGCUUGCAAGAUAUCAGCUCGUCAGGAGAGUAUAAAUGGGGAAGUGUGGAUGGAAAGAAUGAAAUGCUAACAUACACAAAUUGGGGUUUCUUUCAACCAGAAUUUCGCGGAGGAUGUGUGGCAAUGUCAAGUGGAAGAUACCUUGGAAAGUGGGAAGUCAAGAAUUGCCAAACAUUUAAAGCUUACUCUAUUUGCAAGAACUACAUUGGACCAAAGAGAGAAGCAGAGAUACUGCCAAAAAUCACUGACCCUUGCCCACAAGGGUGGUCCAGAGGUUCAGGUCUUGCUUGUUACAAGUUUUUUCACAAGGAAAGAGUGCUGAGAACCAGAACUUGGGAAGAAGCUGAGAGAUUUUGUGAAGCUCUUGGAGGACAUCUUCCUAGCUUCAGCCACCCAGAAGAAGUUAGGGAACUCCAUAUGAUACUGAGGGAGAUCAUCAGUGAUGACAGAUGGGUCUGGAUUGGACUAAAUAAGAGGAAUCCUGAUCUGGGAUCAUGGCAAUGGAGUGAUGAUAAGCCAGUCUCUACUGUUGUUAUGCCCCUGGAAUUUAGAGAAGAUGACUAUGAUCUUCGAGAUUGCGCAGCUGUCAAGACCCUUGGACAAAAACGCCGGCCGCCGUGGCAUAUUUACCCUUAUGGAGAUAAAGAAGAGGAUUUCUACUUAAAACCUUUCCAUUGUGAUGUAAACCUUGAAUGGGUAUGCCAGAUCGCUAAAGGUACUAUUCCAAAGACACCUGAAUGGUACAAACCAGACGAAGAAGGAAUUCAUGGGCCAACAGUGAAUAUUGAUGGGUCAGAAUUCUGGUUCGUGGCAAAUAAGACUUUGAGCUAUCAAGAAGCUUCCAUGUAUUGUUCCAAGAGUGGAAGUGACUUAGCUUAUGUGACCUCUUUCACAGCGCUGAAUGGAAUUCUAAACACAAUUUUAAAAUUAUCGGAUGAGAAUCAGAACUGGUGGUUCAAAUACAGAAUUCCAACAAUUCACUACCGUUCCUUUUUUUCACACUAUUUUGAACACCACCCCAGAAAAUGUUGGCAUAUCUCUUAUCGAUCCUGGUUAAGAGGCAGUCCAUUGGAUUGCAGUUCAAAACUGCCUUUCAUUUGUGAGAAAUACAAUGCAUCAUUAUUGGAGACAAGCAAGCCAGGCUAUAAACCACCUCAGGAAAGCUGCCCUGAAAAUUGGAUUAUUUUCCUAAAUAAGUGUUAUCAAAAGGUGACCCCUCGGAACAUGACAUUUAGAAAAGCAGACGAAUAUUGUCAAUCUUUAGGAGGGUUCCUUCCUUCAAUCAAAAGCCAGAUUGAACAAGACUUUAUAACAUCCUUACUCCCCAGUCUGCCCCCAAAUAUUUGGAUUGGUUUACGUUCCCAGGUGCAUCUGCAUGUAAGCAAGUGGGCUGAUGGCAGUGAUUUAGAUUAUGUCAAUUUCCAUCCUUUGCUUCAAGGAAAACUAAGAAGAAUUCCUUUUGAUGCAUUUAAUGAGGAAGGGAAUAACCUGUGUGGUGUUUUACUAAAUAAUCCCAAAGCUUAUGUAGGAACUUGGAAUUUUACUUCUUGUGCUGAUACUUUGCCUUUGGCCAUUUGUCAGAAGGAUCCAGUUGCUGUUGAAAACCAGACAACCCAAGUGCCUGAACAUACCAUGAAAUACCUAAAUGUCACCUACACCCUAAUUCUGAGGAACCUGACUUGGUUUGAUGCCGAGGAAGAAUGCCUGAACAGCAAUAUGAGGCUGGUUAGCAUUACAGAACAAUAUCAACAGGCUUUUCUUGGUUCUCAAGUGGUUCUCCACAACCAACAGCUCUGGAUUGGGCUCUCUAGCAAUGAUGAUGGAACACAUUAUCAAUGGUCAGAUAAAAAACACAUUAGUUUCAGUCGUUGGUCUGAAGAAGACAAGGAUUUGGUUGAUGACUGUGUGUAUUUGGACACGGAUGGAUUUUGGAAAACGUCUGAAUGUUUCGCAGAAAAACCAGGAGCAAUUUGCUACUUACCAGGAAAUGAUACUGAAAACCAAGAUGUAUAUCAAGAAUCAAUUAAAUGUCCACACAAGAUUAAAAAUACGCCAUGGAUAGCAUAUCGAAACAGUUGUUACACAUUCGUAAUACCAAAAAAUACAUGGAGAGGAUUGAGAGCAGUUGAAGCUAACCAUUUAUGCAAUAUAAUGAAUUCAGAUGCAUCUCUUUUGAAUAUCAGGGAUGAAGAUGAAAAUGAUUUUAUUCUUGAGCAGUUUCAGUCUUUCAGUGGUCUGGCUCAGUGGAUGUGGUUGGGUUUGCUUUAUGACACUAAGGAUAAUCUUCUGAAGUGGUAUGAUGACACAUACAUGUCAUAUAACAACUGGAGAAUGGGACGACCUAACAUCAAGAAUAACUUCUUUCUUGCUGGCAUUAACCUGGAUGGCUUCUGGGAUAUUUAUGAACAUUCGAAAAACAACCAGUUAUAUUUGCACUUCAGUUUAAAUAGCAUCCUGGUCUGUAAGCUAGACAUGGAGACCAAAGUCAGCCAACUUCCGCUUCCUGAAAAACUGCCCUACAAAAAUAACGUCUACUGGAUUCUUCAAAAACAGCUCAAUUGGUAUGACGCGUGGAAAGAAUGUAAACAGAAAGGAAGCGAUUUAGUCAGCAUUCAUAGUAUUUCCGAACAAGUGUUUCUGGAAGACAUUGUAAGGCGUGAUGGAUUUCCAUUGUGGAUUGGUUUAUCUAAUCAUGGUGGAAAUGAUUCCGAUUUUGAGUGGUCUGAUGGAAGCCGGUUUGACUACCAGCCUUGGGAAUAUCAGCAUUCUCAUACUUUUGGAAACUGUUUUGCUGUGGACACUAAAGGAAUUUGGAAUCGCAGGAAAUGCACCUCUCGAGGCGACGGUGCUAUCUGCUACUCUUCUUCAAAUAAAGUGCAAUUAAAGCAAAGCGAAACAUCAUCAAAGUGUCCAGACCCUCCUAAUGGAGCAUCACCAUGGCUAUACUACAAAGAUUAUUGCUACGCAUUUGAUAUGGCAUUUUAUAAUUAUUCCACAUAUACUGCAGACACAGCUAGGAAAGUUUGUAAGAAACUUGAUCCUUCUGCAAAUCUUCUGACUAUCAAGGAUGUAGAGGAAAAUAAGUUUGUGAGCACACACUUGAAAGAAUAUUAUUUUAUUACUGGAAAAGCAUGGCUUGGAAUGCAAUUUACUGCCAAACCCUUGAGCUGGCUUGAUGGCUCUGAGAUUAAAUAUACAAACUGGGCCAAUGAAACUGAAAAGGCUAAUGGUCAGUGCAGUGUUAUCUUUUCAACCAAUGGGACAUGGUCCAAAGCAGACUGCAACAAUGAAACAAGCAGAGUUGUUUGCAAAACUCCUGAAGUCUCUCGUCAUUCAGGAGGGGCAAUAGCAGUUUGUGUUAUACUUAUUAUAGCCCUCCUUGUUGGAUUAGCGUACUUCCUAUAUAGAAAGAUGCAACUACACUCUUCGGGAUUGGCCUCUGUUCGCUAUGAGCGGGGAAUGCAUGAUGAUGAAACUGACACCAUGUUUUCUAGAAGUGAUGACUGAAGACCAGUUUCUACUUGGCCUACUGAAACCAAUUUCCAAAUCAGCUCCUGAAGCAUCUUCCAAAGAUGCUAUUGACUUUCAUUCUUGGGGUUUAUUGACACCUUCCCUUCUUUCAAGUUUAGGGGAAAAAAGGGAUCUUUAACAAUAAUCAAACUUUGCACUUUUCGUGACCUGAGAUUUGCACAUGGCUUGAAGUGUGGUGCAUGGAACAAUCCUGACAUUAGGAUAUCCUGUACCAUUUACCCAAAUGAAGUAAGAGAGCAGAUGGCCAGAGAAUUACUUGAAAUAUAAUUUAUUGAAAAUAAAGUAUAUGCUAGUUUAUGGUAUUAAAAUAUUAUAUUUUCAAAGUUAAAGAUUAUGUUGAGUCAGGCUCAACUUUUGAUUGCUAUGUGUAUGAUUUACUUGGCAACAGAAUGAAAAGACCUGGGAUUUCUCAUCCAAGCAUCAGCAGGUCCAAACCUGCUUACCAUUUCUGAGAUCAACCAAUGUCAGUGAGAUAUUGCCAUUCUGAUCUGAUCCUUUUUAUUAUCUUUCAGAUCUCUUGGGGCCAUUCUGAUUUUCAGUAAAAACUCUCAAAGAUUCUUUCCAUCUUUAAAACAAAUUUAUUAAGAACUACAGUAUAUUAAACAGAUAGAACUACAGAGAAACCUAAUAAUAUAUAUAUAUAUAUAUAUAUAUAUAAAGAAAAAGGAAGACCAAGCAGUAUAGAAAAAUAAUCCUCUCAAAAAAAAAAAGAUGGUAAACAAGGAGGCUUCUCUCUAUAUCCCCAAUAACCUUAUUCAGAUUGACAAUUUAUUGCUGUCUGUUAAAUUACAGCCAGAUGCAUCUUCAUUCCAUACCUCAUCCCAUUUUCCAUAAACUCAUUUCUAAAUCUUCAGCUUUCCUUAUUAAUCAACAAAAGUCGAGUAAAAAUUAACAAAAAAUACCUAAGGACAUGAGUAUAUAAUCCCCCCUUCUAAUUAGCCUAAAUCCUCCUCAACCCUCUCUUAACAAUUAAACAUUACAAAAAUAAGAAUAAUAAAAUUGAAAGCUGUUAAACAUUAUCAGAAAUAAUAAAGCCUUAUUUAGAUUUCCAAAAAUGGUAAUGUAAAUAUUACAAAUUAAUCCAUUAUACCAUUAAUUUCCAAAAGAAAAACUAUCCAAUUUGAAUAACCAUUAUUAUCACCAAAAAUAGCAACUUGUUAUUUAAUCAUAGUCAAAUAAACCACUUUUUUA